AUCUAAAACAACAUAUUUACGUCUUUUUUGUACGAUAAUGAAACAAUUUAACGAUAGUUGAUAGGUAUAUAAAUCUAUGAAUAAAGUAAAAUGUAUUAAAUCAAAAUGAAUUUUUUCCUAGCAACUUGGUGUGUUUUUAUUUGUUUUACAACAACUUUUGCAUAUUUGAAAAAUGACACUCAACUUUGGUCCCACACGUUAAAACUGGGUGCAAAAACAUUUUUUAUUAAUUUUGAAGCAAUAAGUUUCGACGAUGCAAUCGUUUUCUGCAGAGCCCAUAGUAUGCAGUUGGCAGCUAUAGAAAAUCUUAACGAAAAUACCAUUUUAGUUAAAGAUUUGAAGAAAAUAAGUGUUGAUGGGACCACUGAAUUGUGGACAUCUGGAAAAAAAUUGAACAAUUCAAACGAUUGGAUAUGGUUAUCCACAAUGGACGUUAUUGAGUCAUUCGAUUGGGGUGCAGGAGAACCAAAUAACGAGGAAGGUAAUGAAUUUUGUCUAGCUAUAUAUCCCAACUAUUAUAGCAGUGGUUCGUGGAAUGAUGCAAAUUGCCAAGCACUAGCCUACCCCAUUUGUCAAAGUGUCUCUUCAAAUUAAACCAAAAUGUUUUGGUAUAUAUUGAAAUAAAUAAAUCAAAUAUU